AUGGCGGGGCUGGGAGGUACGCCGAUCCCCGACGGGGAGUUCACCGCCGCCGUGUACCGGCUCAUCCGGGACUCCCGCUACGCCGAGGCGGUGCAGCUGCUGGGCCGCGAGCUGCAGCGGAGCCCGCGGAGCCGCGCCGGCCUGUCGCUGCUGGGCUACUGCUACUACCGCCUGCAGGAGUUCCCCUUGGCGGCCGACUGCUAUGAGCAGCUGAGCCAGCUGCACCCCGAGCAGGAGCAGUACCGCCUGUACCAGGCCCAGGCCCUGUACAAGGCCUGCCUGUAUCCCGAGGCCACCCGGGUCGCCUUCCUCCUCCUGGACAACCCGGCCUACCACAGCCGGGUGCUCCGUCUGCAAGCCGCUAUCAAGUACAGCGAGGGCGACCUCCCCGGGGCCAGGAGCCUGGUGGAGCAGCUGCUGAGUGGGGAAGGGGGUGAGGACAGUGCUGGUGAGAACGAGUCAGAUAGCCAGGUCAACCUGGGUUGUUUGCUCUACAAGGAGGGACAGUAUCAAGCUGCAUGUUCCAAGUUCUUUACAGCCCUGCAGGCCUCGGGCUACCAGCCUGACCUUUCCUACAAUCUGGCUUUGGCCUAUUAUAGCAGCCGACAGUAUGCCUCGGCGCUGAAGCAUAUCGCUGACAUCAUUGAGCAUGGCAUCCGCCAGCACCCAGAGCUGGGUGUGGGCAUGACCACGGAGGGUAUUGAUUUUCGCAGUGUUGGAAACACUUUAGUUCUUCACCAGACUGCACUGGUGGAAGCCUUCAACCUUAAGGCAGCCAUAGAAUACCAACUGAAAAACUAUGAGGUGGCCCAGGAAACCCUCACUGACAUGCCACCGAGGGCAGAGGAAGAGUUAGACCCUGUGACCCUGCACAACCAGGCCCUGAUGAAUAUGGAUGCCAGGCCUACAGAAGGGUUUGAAAAGCUACAGUUUCUGCUCCAGCAGAACCCCUUUCCCCCAGAGACCUUUGGCAACCUGUUGCUGCUCUACUGCAAAUACGAGUAUUUUGACCUAGCAGCAGAUGUCCUGGCAGAGAAUGCUCACUUGACUUAUAAGUUCCUCACACCUUAUCUCUAUGACUUCUUAGAUGCCAUGAUUACUUGCCAGACAGCUCCUGAAGAGGCUUUUAUUAAGCUUGAUGGACUAGCAGGGGUGCUGACUGAGCAGCUUCGGAGACUCACUAAACAAGUACAGGAAGCAAGACACAAUAGAGAUGAUGAAGGGGUCAAAAAGGCAGUGAAUGAAUACGAUGACAUCCUGGAGAAAUAUAUUCCCGUAUUGAUGGCCCAGGCAAAAAUCUACUGGAACCUUGAAAACUAUUCAAUGGUAGAAAAGAUCUUCCGCAAAUCUGUGGAAUUCUGCAAUGACCAUGAUGUGUGGAAGCUGAACGUGGCUCAUGUUCUGUUCAUGCAGGAAAACAAAUACAAAGAGGCCAUCGGUUUUUAUGAGCCCAUCGUCAAGAAGCAUUAUGACAAUAUCCUGAAUGUCAGUGCUAUUGUGUUGGCUAACCUCUGUGUUUCAUAUAUUAUGACAAGUCAAAAUGAAGAAGCUGAGGAGUUAAUGAGGAAGAUUGAAAAGGAAGAAGAGCAGCUCUCCUACGAUGACCCAGAUAAGAAAACCUACCAUCUCUGCAUUGUGAACUUGGUGAUAGGCACACUUUACUGUGCCAAGGGAAAUUAUGACUUUGGGAUUUCUCGCGUUAUCAAAAGCUUGGAGCCUUACAAUAAAAAACUGGGAACUGACACCUGGUACUAUGCCAAAAGAUGCUUCCUGUCCUUAUUAGAAAACAUGUCAAAACACACGAUCAUGCUUCGUGACAAUGUUAUUCAAGAAUGUGUCCAGUUUCUAGAACACUGUGAAGUUUAUGGCCGGAACGUGCCUGCUGUUAUUGAACAGCCCCUGGGAGAAGAAAGAAUGCAUAUUGGAAAGAAUACGGUCACAUAUGAAUCCAGACAGUUAAAAGCUUUGAUUUAUGAGAUUAUAGGAUGGAAUAUGUAG